UUGCUCCUCCGGCUUAUUAUAUUGUAUGUGUACAUGAUCGCAGCAGUUCAUCGUGGAUUUAUGUUUGAAAGCAUUCUCUAGAACGUGAUUUAAAGCUUCUACAAUGGUGAACGUUGGAUUCCUGUGUUUGAGGAGCAUACUCUGUGCCCUGAACGUGGUUUAUAUGAUGCUUGGAGUUCUGCUGAUGGGACUGGCUGUCUGGAGUAGAGGAUUCACUUUAGUGGUUAGCGUAAACAUCAUUAGCGGUGUGCUAGUGCUCGCCAUCGUCCUGCUUCUGGUCUCCAUCCUGGGAUUUGUGGGGACUCUCAAACAUCACCAGAUUCUGCUGUUCUGCUACAUGGUCCUCCUGUCCUUAGUGUUUCUUUUCCAGUUUGGCGUCUCCUGCUCCUGCUUUGCCUUCAACCGGGAACAACAGGAGAGGGUUCUCGGCAGGUCAUGGGCGGGGAUGAGCAGUGAUGGAAGGAGGUCUCUGGAGCAGAGGUUGGAUUGCUGUGGUCUGAACAACAGAACUCAGAACAGAGAGUUUAAUCUGGAUGCCAGUCUGUGUACCGCGGCCUGUAAGGUCAGGGGCCGGUGCUUCCAGUGUGGGGACUUGAUCCUGCAGCAUGGAGGGGAAACCCUGAAGAUACUGGGAGGCAUUGGACUGUUCUUCAGCUUCUCACUGAUCCUGGCAGUAUGGCUGGUCCUUCAAUACAGAAACCAGAAAGACCCUCAGUUCAGCUCGUCUGCUCCCUCCCAGAUACCACUGAGGACCGGACCAGCGGGACACAGCUUGACAGAGGAAUAAGAGAUGAGGCCCAGCUUUCAGACACUGAACAAAAGAUCCUGCCAGCAGAAUCUGAUGUAUAUAUAUAUUUAUAUAUAGCAUCCUGGGUGGAACGGUCCUUUGAUAUUAAUACUAAUAGCUGCAGGUUUUUUUUUAAUAUGAAAAUGUCUGACUGUUAUUAUUUCACAUUUACAUUUCUAUGUACUGUAUAACCUCCGUAGAGAAGCACCGACCAAUAGGAUUGGACACUCUGGAGAUUUACCAGCCGUGAUCACAUGACCCUUUAAGGUCACAGAAUUGAGUGUGAGAAUUGAUCAUCCAACAUCAUAGCAUGACCUUACUGAUGCUCUCGAAAUGCAGGAAUACAAUCAAUCAAAUCAACCUCCUCACAGCAAUGUUCUGAUCAACUGAUGAGUUGUUGAUUCGUGGACUGUAAAUAGGUAAAUAAAUGUUCUAUACAAA